GUAUCACCUGGUGUCAAUUUGGUGUGCUAAUAAACCAGUUGGUUGAUUGCCCCGCAGAGCGCCACGUGAAUCAAUGGUGUAUCGCUGUCGAGUCUGCACGUGAAUCAAUGGUGUAUCGCUGUCAAGUCUGCACGUGGCGCUUGCCCGACACGUUUUUGCAGCGGCGAGCUGACCAAACGAUCCAAUCAGGCUCGAGCUUUGACACUGCAGCCAGCUGUGGACCUUGACUUACUUGCCGUGGCCAAGGAAAACAUGCCUAUGGCGUGCUGAUGCCACGCUCUGGCGGCCGCAUCGCCGAGUGGCAUGUUUUUCAUUACUAACAGUUGCCAGCCUACCACCGACCAACGGAACAGUUAUUAGGCACGUUCAUCAGCCAGAAGCCAUCAUUUCGCUCUUAGUCCUAUCUUUCCUUCAUAUCAUUAUCAGUAUCCUGCUAUCGCUCUGAGAUGAAGUUCGAGGUUGAGUGGAAAUCAUCACACUACCACUCCGAUGGUCGUCGCCGAAGCAGGCCUAAGGCAUCGACUUGGCACGGAUGGCUCGUCAAAUGGCGCGCCACAUUUAGUGGAAACGAGUCCCUUCGACGAGAAGGCAUGCGCGAAAUGCGUGAAGCUAAAGCCACGCAGGAGUACAAGCGACAGCGGAAGCUUGCUAAGAGAGACAAGAAUGGCCGGGCAAAGUCGGGACUGCUCUCGCUUUUCGGCUUUGGCAAUGUAAAGAAAAAAAAGACCCGUAGACCCGACACGCUGGCUCGGGGCACGCAGAGGAGCACCAGCAGCCGGCAAGCGGUCCUGACGAGACCUCCUCCAGUCAGCCGACGACCUACGGGACAAAGUUCACGACAACCCUCAUAUAAUUCUAGUAAUUCUCGAAGGGAUGUCGCACGAAUGAAGUCUUCCAAGAAAUGAUCGCACAGCAUUCUGACACGGACUUAUUCAUUGAUACACGGAACUCAUACUGUGCUGUAACCUACUGUAACACAUACCCGCCUCUCUAGGAGUGUCAUUUUAGAUACCGGGCCAUAGGGGAACAAUGCUGAUGAAACUAGACGUUCAACUCGUUGGCGGGCUCAAUUGAUUUGAUCAUCUUCCAUGCCAUGCCAAGCCGAAGGCAGGAAGGCAAAGGGACAAUCGACGGGCGUAUUUACUGGGGUCGGGGGACUGGAUAACAGAUAACGAUGCCAUAGCAUGCAAUGAAUCGCCAGGACAUAACAGCAUCGGGUCCUUGGCAUA